GUGUUACCAUGUGCUCUGAUUUAGGGUGCUGCUGUUAUCAAGCGCUUCUCUGGCUUUGAAAACACCAUCCCUUCAUCUAGAAAAGAUGAAGUGCCCAACUACAUGGUCAGUGCUGUAUCAAAGCAAGGUUUUGCUAUCUACGUAGAUGACCCAGAAGAUAAAGAAAACUACAGCUGCCAAGUGUCUGAAGAGCUGGAAUUAAGCCAAUGUGAACUGGAUACCAGCGCAAUGACAUCCAGUAUUCACCUGCUGCUGGAUCUGAGUUCAGGCUCUCCUAUGGUAGUGGACACAUCCUUCCAAUCCCAGCCAGAGGAUCACAUGGAAGAUGUUGUAACUCUGGCUGUGGGAGAGUAUGCAGAAGACAUUCAUCAGUACCUCCGAGAGGCUGAAGUAAGAUUUCGGCCCAAGCCCUACUACAUGAAGAAGCAGCCAGAUAUCACAACAGGAAUGCGUGCUAUCCUGGUAGACUGGUUGGUGGAAGUAGGGGAAGAGUAUAAACUUCGGACAGAGACUUUGUACUUGGCAGUGAACUUCCUGGACAGGUUCCUUUCCUGCAUGUCUGUUCUCAGAGGAAAGUUACAGCUUGUAGGAACAGCGGCAAUUCUUCUGGCUGCGUAAGU